GAGGUUAUGAAGGAGUGGCUUCAGCACGCGAGCUGUUUACAGUCAUCAUCCAGGCUCCCGGUUCGUCGCAGGGCAGCAGCCAUGUUGUAACUUUUCCUAAAGUCCGUCCAAGUUUUGUGGCAGCUGUUCGCUAAAUGCUGGUUUUCAUUUGACCUUAAAAUGAUCUCCAGCAGUUUUCUAGUCGCAGUGCAGAGAGGAUGCACGCAGACCUUCACACGACCUAUUUCCUUUUCGAUGGUUCAGUGCUGCCUGCAGUCUACGCAGGCUAUCCCUGCAGCGCGGCUGCCUUACAGAGUGAAGGUGUCUGCUGGGAAACGCUACGCCUGGUGUGCUUGUGGACACAGUAAGAAACAGCCUUUUUGUGACGGCGCUCACAAGUCCAAAGCUCCAAGUAUCUCCCCUCUACGCUUCACCCCCGACAAAGACAGGAUGGUCAUGCUGUGCGCCUGCAAGCAAACCAAAAAUGCACCGUACUGCGACGGCUCACACUUGAAGGUCAUCUUCCGGGAUAUAGUGAAGUCAGUGAAAGGCGUCUUUAAAUGAAAGACAAUAAUUUAUCUCGACUCAACAUAAAUGCAGUAGUUGUGGAGAUGUGAUGUCCAGCACAAUUUUGUCCUUGUCAUUCCUCGUCAGGCUGAUAUUUUUGUCUGUAUAAUUAUAUUGGGUUUUUUUUUUUUUUUUUAAAUAUAUUAGUUUGCCUGAAUGUUGUAUAUAAAUGCAUAACCCAAUAAAACAUACUUGAAAAUAUAUAUUUGUGUUGCAUCACAAACUUGUGCAGAUAAUUCUUCAGAUUUUAAUUACUUUUUUUACAGUUUCAAAAUAAUAGUAAAAAGGGGGAAAGUGCAAAAUUUUGAUAACCGUUUUUAAUUAUACUUUAUUUUUGACAACUACACUUAGGUCCAAACCCAGGUAAUUUCCUAAUUAAGGCUUUAAUUAGUAUCUGGCUGUGGCCGCUUUCCUGUCAGAUUGAUUGGCCCUAAAACCUGAUGAGAAAAUACGAACACACACAUCACUGCACAGGAGCUGCAAACACUGGUCUAGUUUAAAGGACAAUAAUAAAACAUCUGGUAUGGUGAAACAUCUAAUAGGAUCUAAGUUUCUGGUCUGAAAUCCCGAAUUUUACUGUGUUUUAUGUAUUGAUGUUUUUUGUGUCUUUUCUAUUGGGUGUAAUAGUGAAAAAAAUGGGAUAUCAGUAUUACCAUUUCUCCUUGCCUCCUAGCCUAAACUUUAGGACAGCAGUGGAAAUAAAUCACAUGUUUUUACAUGAAAGCACAACAUCUUUAAAAUAACAAAGACCUGCUUUGCAGAGGUAAAAGACAAAAGCUUUUCCUAUGAAUUGAACAGUAUCCAAAGAAAACGAGAACUUUUUUGAACAAUGUGCCCUGGACUGACGAAACUAAAAUGGAAACUUGUGGUCAGGAACAAAGACCGAAUGCUUGGAGAAAAAAGCAUUCAUAAAGAAAAACACCUUGACAGCUGUUAAACAUGAAGGUGUAUCCAUGAUGCUUUGGGGUAGUGUGCCAGGUGGGGGUCAGGAAAUACUGUGCAAGUGGAGGGAAGAAUUUGUUCCACCAAAUGUCACAAAUUCUAGAGGCUAAUGUUCAAAGGACAGUUCAGACACUGAAGUUGAAAAGAGGUUGGGUAUUUCAGGCAGACAAUGGUCUGAAUUAUACCUCAAAAUCAACCAUGAAGUACCAUCGAGAAAGACAGAUGGAGGUUUUGAAACAGCCUACACAGAGCGGAGAGAUUUCAAAUAUACCGUGUAUGCAAGGAAGCCAAAGAAUAUAUCUAAGUUAAAGGUGUUCUGCCAGGAAGAAUGGGAGAACUAUUUGAUAACAAGAUUUUAAUGAUUCUUGGCUAGAAGUACAAAAAAAGGUACUAACUUAAAUGAGUCUUUAAGGGUGUUUUACAUUGUUUUAAAAAUAUAUAUUUUUAUGCUAAAAAAAUAAAAAGUCAUCUUGCCAUUCAA